AUUGUCAAUUUCCUGAAGAUAUGACUAUACCACAGUAUGUGAUGAAAGAUUUCGGGAAGUAUGGUAAUAGGACGGCAAUGGUUGACAGUGGCACUGGUCGUACCUACACUUUUACUCAGUUACAAGAACUGGUUCAUCAAUGUGCGACUGGUCUAACAAUUGAUGGUUUUCAACAAGGCGAUGUAUGUGCUAUUCAACUACCCAACUCGCCUGAAUUCUUCAUCACACUGCAGGCCGUCUUAUCUAUAGGUGGAAUUGUGUCAACAGUCAACCCACUUUACACCGAAGAUGAAUUGCUGAAUCAGCUGAAAGACUCAAGCGCUAAAUCAAUUGUUACGAGUCAAGCAUCAGCUGAAGGUGCUCGGAGUGCAGCGAUCAAGACAAAGAUCAAGCAUGUGUACAUCAUUGGAGGUGCAGACGGAUGUAAGCCAUUCUCCUCGUUGUUAGACAAUGACGGUUCGUCAUUUCCAAAAAGCAUAGACAUUAACCCAAAGGCAGAUGUAGCUCUACUAUCAUACUCGAGUGGGACAACUGGGUUACCAAAGGGAGUGAUGGUAUCACAUUUCGCGUUUAUAGCUAAUUUAAUACAGAUGAGCACUCCCGGGCUUGUAUACCACACAGAAGAAGAUUCGGUUUUAGCAGUGCUGCCAUUCUUCCAUAUAUAUGGUAAUUUAAUUACGCUAAACCUAACCCUCUCACAAGGAGCCAAGUGUGUUGCUAUGUCAACAUUCGACGCAGAACAGUCUUUAAAAUGUAUCCAAGAACAUAAGAUUACGUCUUGGCCAAUUGUGCCCCCCAUCGCACUAUUCCUUGCCAAACAUCCUGUAGUAGAUUGUUACGAUGUUUCGUCUUUAAAUAACAUCUUAAUUGGAGCUGCACCACUGAGUGAAGACCUUGCUGAUGCUGUCAUUAAACGUAUUAACCGAAAACUGAUAGUUAGACAAGGGUAUGGACUGACUGAAAAUAUUGUGACCCACAUAUGUUAUGGUAAUGAUCCCACGAAGUGGACGCUUGGGUCAUCUGGUAUUUUGAUACCGAACACUGAAGCGAAGAUCACUAACACUGAAAAUGGCAGCACAUUGGGGCCUGGUGAAACCGGAGAAAUAUGUCUUCGUGGACCCCAGCAAAUGUUAGGAUACCUUGGGAAUGAAAAAGCAACACGGGACACAAUAGAUAAAGACAAAUGGGUGCACACAGGUGAUAUUGGUUACAUUGAUGAACAAGAACAGCUUCACGUAGUGGAUAGAAUGAAGGAAUUAAUCAAAUACAAGGCAUACCAGGUGGCACCGGCUGAGCUGGAGGCAUUAUUAAUAAGUCAUCCGGGUAUUAAAGAUGCUGGUGUCAUUGGUGUACCACACGAAGAGGCUGGAGAGGUGCCAAAAGCUUUUGUAGUGCGGUCCAACACAAAUAUACUGGAGAAAGAAGUGUUCGAUUUUAUUGAAGGAAAAUGUGCACCCUACAAGAAGCUACGAGGAGGGAUACAAUUUGUAGACGAAAUUCCGAAAUCACAGAGUGGGAAGAUUCUACGCCGAAUAUUAAAAGAAGCAAAAUUAUGAAUUUACAAUAUAUGCAAAUAUUACAAAAUCAGGAAUCGCUGAAAAUUUGAUAUUCGAACAGCUAAUUAAGAAUGUUACCAUAAAGUUUAUUUACUAACGCGGGACACACUUAUCUUUCUGCUAUAUGUCAUACAUCACAUAUGCAUCUAAUGUACUUAUAAUGUACCUUCUGUAAUGUUUGUAAAAUCAGAUUUGUAUGUAUUAUGGAACUCACGGUCACUUGCAACAUUAUUCUCAGCGUUGAUUUAUUACUGUAACCCCUAUUUUUUGUGAACAAUUUUACAUUUAUAUUCUAAAUAUCUCUAAUACGAAUGAAA